GUCACGACUUAAGGGCAUUAACUGUAUUUUCAAAAGUAGCGUCACUCUUAAACCGAAGCUUGCUAGCACUGGUGCUAGGUAGAUCCAAAAACAAGUGCCAGGAGGAUAUCAGAAGAGGUAGAUCUAGAUGUUUCAUUAGAGCCGGUUUUAAUAGUAUUAGAAUAGAAAACACAUUUUAAAAUGAAUGUUUAGGGAUGAAUAUCAAUGAAUAUUGUUUUGCUCCCAGUUUGGAUUACUAGCUGACUUUCAUUGACUUGGUUUUCAUGGCCAACAAAAGAUCGACAAGAUACCUUCAAGCAUCUGUUCUCUUUAUCUGGAUAAUAGCACAGGCUAAUGGAGGUGAGACCAGUGGUCCUUUACUGCCGACAGUGCCGCCACCAACAGACGAUGAGAAUACACUAGUUCAAGUCGCGGUAGUGGACCAGACUAGAGCAAAUAGAAAUCUGAAGGCCAGGUUCAACAAACAAGAUGCUGACCAGUUUCAUCAGUGUAUGUGCCGCCCAGAUCACGAAGGAUGUCGCGUUAAAGUCAAUGGUACAAUUGUGGACAAGAACAAAGGAAACUUCACGGGAGAGAUGAACCCCAGUUACAUCUGCCAAGCCAAGAACGACACAAACAUUGGAUGUGACGGGUUCUCACCUGCACCUGGCGUCCCACCACCAUCUUUUAAGAUGAUCGGAGAAGAGUGUACACCCCGGGAGGUCUCCAUCUACUGGCACGAGAGCCAGCAAGCAGACGUCUCCGUGAAGCAGGGUUACGCGAGCUCCAUGUUCAGUUGCGCCAACGAAAAGUGCGGCUACUUUCUGGACCGCAAGGAGGACAUCAGCAAUCACCCACUCGUCAUCGCCCUGGUGGUUGUUUGCAUCUCUCUCUUCCUCAUCACUUCCGUGGUCAUCCUUAUCUGCCUGGUCAAGACCAAAAGACUCAAGUUCGGAAAGAGAGCCACGACCGAAGAUUCCCGAGUCUCUGAAACCGAGCAUUCGGUUAAAGGAAUGUCGAACGAAAAGUGCGAAUCAGUGUCCACUGUUUGCUCAGGAAAAUGCGUGGAUCCUAAUGGCGGGAAAGGCUAUGAUAAUAUGGGUUACCAGACUUGGCCAUCCACCUCUAAACUGGGCGCCCCAGACUACGAGUUUGAGCCACCAUCUUACGACUCAGUGUUUCAACCAGGUGAGAAAAAGCAAGGAGCUCCUGCUGAAUGUGGUCUGCAGCCUAACUACAUUCAGUAUAAGAGAAACAAGGAUCGUGCCAUUGUGGAGCUCUCAUUUUAAUUCACUGAUGUCCACAUCGCUACCUAUUUCACUGAUGUGACAUCAUUACACAUAUCAAACAUAGAUGUUAAACUCAUUACACGAUCCGCAGAUGCUGAUAUCCUUUUCAUUUAACAUCCUACUGAUGUUCACACCAUUCACAUUCCAUUGACGUCUACAUCAUGACACUAAAAACACCCACGUUGUCACCAUUGCAAGAUCCACUACUGUCCACAGGCUUACAAGCACGAUUAGCUGAUAUUCCCACCCAUACUUGAUCCACUGAUGCAUCAUUACAUUGCUGAUGUAAAAAUGUAUAUACUUUUGAUUAACUCGAUUAUUCUGUUCAUGUACCAACUUUUUGCGUAUUAGCCUGUACAGAAUGCUAGAGUUUUAUUUCCUUUAGAUUCAAAGUUUCAAUUAUAGAGUAGAGUGUCUAACAUUCAAUGUCAUCAUAUUUAUAUAUAUAUUAAAAUUAAAGAGAAAUUAUAAUAGGGCUAUAUUUUAAAUUUACUCUUGAAGAGAUAUUAUUUCUCACAUUUACGAUUUAAAACCUUAUUUUGAAAGCUUUAAUUAUGAACAUAUACUAAUUAAAAAAUACCAUAGACCAUUCCCAGACACACAUAUACCCCAAAGGAAUAAAAAAAAAAGUUUUUCUUUGAA